AUGCAGCAUCUGCAGCCACCCAUCCCUCCUCAAGUCUAUCGUUUAGCCAUUGCCAAGUUCUCCCAUACAACGACUGCCAUCGAUCAUGUCGGUCCACUGACCUGGAAUCAUGUCCCUGGGAGUGGAGAUCUGGCUUGCAUCUUUGAGAAGUUCCUCGAUUUCGGGUCUGUGCCAUCGAGGAUGAUUCAGAAAGUGGUCCGAGGUGAUGGCAUCCUGGAACAGCUUGAUCUCGUAUUCUUCAUUCGCAUGACAAGAAUGCAGGCCCAGCUAAUUCCACCCCCAAGGUCACAAUUUGCUGUCGUUGUAAAGUCGCCUUGUCUUGCAGUCAAGUAUCCUCAUGGUGAAACACAUAUUCGCCGGUUCCAGAUCAAGUUCACUACAGAACGUGACUACUUCACAGCCUUGACCCUUCUGGGCGAAAUCAACUGUCCAUUGACAGAAGGCAAGAUUCCAGUUCCAGCAAUACAACGAUUUCCUUCCGUGUCGUCAUGGACAUCGGGGCAGCUCUCUUCAGUUGCCCCCAGGACUACAAACACGGCGGCAACUUCAACCGGCAGCAAUGGAGUGCACUCUUACCCCACAGAGGCGUUAGGGUCUGGAAGGACAACACCCAUUCGAGCAUCAUCCCCCGCGAGCACAAUUUCACACCCUACUUCCAGAUUGGGCCCCGUACCAGCUCUCAACCCCCCAUUCCACAUCAUGGAACCGGUUGACUUAUCUCAACCGCUGCAUGAAUCUGCUCUCGCACACACGCUCAAUAAAGAGCCAGAUCUACCAAGCUCUCAGCUUUCCACCAUGUCUGCAAUUCAUGACGUCGACCAGUUGAACCAGAUGCUCCCUCCCAAGAGAGACCUACCCUUCUCGAAGCCAACCGCAAGGAAACCGUGCGCUGCAAGCUUGACUCGAACGACAGAGAAGUAUCCACAGCCAGUUCCGUCGCCAAGUUCUCAACACACUGAGCCAACCAAGGAUCCACAACCUGAUUUACAUCCUCUCGUCGUCAAGCCUAAUGCUUAUUCUAAAUUGCCCGACUCCGAUUCCCAACUCUUAUCGCAAACAAACCCUUGUCCCGAAGCGAGCCAGCCAUUAUUACUUCAUGAAGAGCCUCCUGCUUCGCAAAACACAGGUCCUAUCUGUCAAUCCGCCGAGCAGACAUCUCAAGUACCCAGUGGUCAGAACGCAUCAGACACACAAAAAAAUCCAACUAACUCGAACUCCAACCACAACCCGGCCAGCAAGCCAAGUAAUAAGUCACCGGUCCUGACAGAAGACCACAUUGCGCAGUAUCUAUCUUCACCAACAGCUGAGCGAAUUGUCUUUCUCGAAAACUGGAUGUGCGAGUUGAUCGACGAUGACGGUUUCAUGGGUCUGUGCGAGGAUGUGGACAGAACAUGGAGGCGGUUUGCAUUCGGCCAAAAGCAGUGA